GAACCCGAGUGGAUAAGAAUGUCGGGGUUACCCAUCUCUGAAUCAUCGGUCUUUCCACCACAUCAACCACCUCACCUGCCGCCAGUACAACAGUUCGCCACACAGUCGCCAUACCAUGCUUCGACUUACGGAUCUGUACCUGUGACGCCUGUCAAUGCAUUUGCGCCACUGCGUCCACCACUCACAACCAGUGCCAGCCAGUCACCAGCUCAGGAUUCAAGGCCGUACACACCUGAUGGUGAACGCACGAAACCAAAGCAAAAGCGUAACAAGCCUACGCUGAGCUGUGAAGAAUGUGUUGAGCGCAAAACCAAGGUUGGACGUCCGGGAUGCUUGGCUUGCAUCAAACGGCAAUCGACUUGUAGAUACACUCACGUCGCCAAUCUGAUCGCUGAUGCAAGGCAUGUGACAUAUCGCGACUCUAACGGAAACCAAAAAGACAACGGAGCUGAUAAGCAAAGGCAUAUGGUGAAGCCACCACCAGCCAAGAUCAGGAAACUCAACGGCUCAUUCGAUGGCUCCUCGUCCUCUCCAACGAGUGCUUCCGGCAUGAAGCAAGUAAGGACUGAUCUGUUCUCAAAGUUCCAUCAUCGCUCACCUCGUGAAACUUCUGUCGGUUUCGGGUCACCUUUCCUGCAAUCACAGGUUCCCUUCUCUAAACAGACACCAUCCAACAUCUUUGGUAUCGGAUCUUCUCACCCGUUCACGAACUACUGGACAUGUCAAGGCGGUCUACCUGAGGUCCUCGCAGUGUUACCAAGCAAGCAGCAGGCUGAUAUUCUGAUCGCUAAAUAUUUUGAGUGUGUGGCUCCUGUAUACCCUUUCCUGCAUCGACGAACCUUUUACGUGGCAUAUGAGCGAUUCUGGGCCUUGCCGGAAGGAGAACGCGAAAAUGCUGAUGCUGAUUUGAUUGCUUUGCACUUCGCAUUAUAUGCUAUGGGCACUCAAUUCAUGGACCUCGCAAGUUAUGAUGCGAAGAGUUCGAGUGCUGAAUUCUUGGGCAAAUCAUCGCUCAGAGCUCUUGGUGCUCAGAUUCUGCUGUGUUACUUUUUGAUGAAUGACAACCAUGCAUCAGAUGCGUAUGCUUGGUCCGGAAUCAUUGUGCGACAGGCCUACGCAUUGCGACUCCAUCGCGACCCUGACAUAAUCCUCCCAAACAUCUCACCUGUGGAAAAACACACGCGAAGAAGAUUCUGGCAGGCCAUCCUUCAUCAAGACACGUUCCUCACUGUGCUACUUAAGCUGCCACCAACAGCCACUCACAGCGAUGUGUCAAUCGACUCUUUGACUAACGAGACAGAGGUUGAAGCUCAAGACUCGACGAGGUACACAGGCAGCAGUGCUCGCAUCGAGAACCUCAUGAGCAUCAGCGUGAUUGCACCCNCCNAAGACCUGCCCAAGCAGCCCGAACCGCCCAUACUACCACAUCAAAGAAUUACCGAAGACGUCGAUAAAGCAGAUGUCUUGUACGUCAAAUCAUUGUGGCGAUUGGCACUCAAAGUCCAGGAGAACCUCUGCUCUCCAGUCUCUCUGUCCAUCCCGAUAGCCAAAAACGCUCGAGCAAAGACAACCCUGGUCAACUCUUUCCGUGAGAUUUGGAAGUCUGCGCCUUCUUUCCUCACAACUUCAGACUACGAGACUCUGCGCCAGAUGGCUCAGAACAGCGGUCGUGCGGUUCGCCAAAAUCUGUUCUUUACAAGCAACUACUACCACUGUCUGAUGAUCAUUCAAGCCUUCGAAGACGCAGAGGUUGGUGUAGAACUCAACUUCCGCGGUGCAUUGGAAGCAGCCCAUGAGGCAAUUUGGGCCUACUUCAAGCUCAAUGACUUUUUCGAAGGCGAUGCUGGGGUAUGGUGGGUUUUCCAACACCGAGCUUUUGAAGAAGCUGUAAGUUUUGUAUAUCAAUCAUUAUGA